AAAACUAGUUUCCAUUGUCCAACCUCAAGAUGAAGGUCACCAUUGCAAUUCCAGGACUUUUUAUGGUUCUUUUCUGCGUCCUACAAACGCCGACUAUGGCCGAAGAUUGUAAUAUCCAAUUGCUAUUUAAUAAAUCCGCCGAGUUUUGUGAAACAUUGGCCUUCUUCAAUCUAGAAUUUUGCUCAAAAUUGUCUUCGGGUCUCAGCAACCAAAACCUCUUGACAGAGCUCCAAAAUCAAGAAAAAUUAUUUUGUUCUCUACCCUUUUUUUCAGAAAUUUGCAAACUCUGCGAUUUUGCAUCCCUGAUUUCAGCUAAUCAGAAUAUCUCGACUUCUAUCGAAAAAUCCAUUGCAGGCUCAACACAUACUUUUGCAGUUCCUGAAGUUCUUUCUCAAGGAGGACUCUUUUAGGAGACCGUGCCUUAAACGGCCUGGGCAACUGCAAAUCAACUAAGCCGGAAAAUUGAAUUUAUAACACCUUAUUUUCCUUUUCACUUUGGCAUGCCAGCCAUUAAAUAUAUUUACCUAGCAUUGCAAAA